AUGCUAACGCAUCCCCCAAGAAUCAAAAAGGCGACGUGUGUGCCUAAGGUUGUGGAAGAGAAUGGACUUAUUGCGUUCGUCGAGCAUGUGUUGCUCCCUGCUAGCUCCCUGCUUGACGGCGAGCGGCACUUCACGGUUGAGCAGCGGGAUGCCGAACCGCUCAUAUAUAGGGACAUCGAGGCCGUGAAGAAAGACUAUGUCGCCGAUGUGCUUACACCCCAACUACUGAAGCCGGCCGUCACCGCGGCUCUCAACAGACUUCUGGCACCUAUUUCGGCCGAAUUCCAGGCUUCAACCGAGUGGCAGGAGGUUGAGAAGAAGGCUUACCCCGUUGAGGCACCCAAGGAGAAGAAGCAGAAGCAGAAGAAGGACAAGGGCAGCAGACACCCCGGCGCCGGAGCCAAGCCAUCCGAGGUCCAGGCUGAAGAGGGCAAGGAUUUGCCAGCUCAGGCGACGAAGGAGGAUGUUGGUACAAGUGCUGCAGAUGCCAUGCAGAAGAUGUCGGUCAACUAG